UGACACAAAGUACUGACUUAUCUCAAAAAACUUAUUUUCUUUAAAAAAUAAAAUUUUAUGUAAUAUACUUAUCUGAUGCUAUAACACACGGUACGUUAACCAAUUUCCAAAUUCGGCACAGCCGUAUUUUCCUUUGCAAUAUAAUACACGUACAGAAACACAAAUAAUUCGCUAUUAACCUCGCGCACGUCAUUAACUACGAACUGUCAUAUCAUCGCCGUGAAACUCGUAGCGGAUUCGACCGUCAAUCAUUUACGUGGAAAAGCGAUGACAAAACGUGCACUUCUCGGAUCUACACGACUUUUCUUAUAAGAGAUUAUUAUUAUUAAUCGUACGAUUUAUAGACAUUUUACUUAAUAUUUAUUUAUUUUUUACUCUCGCAAAGCGAAUAACAGCGAUUUAUCAUCAUAUCAAUAUACUUAUAGUAUACAUCAACACUUUAUAAGAGACCUGUCACAGGUAAAUCUUAAUGCCCUCUAGUGUUAAAUUCAUGUACAGGACAUCAACGACGAUGACGUGUCUUAAAUGAAAAAUUUAAAAUUCGGUAUUUGCGUCAAAAUAUCUCCACUCGUAGGGCACGUAGAGUAAAAAUAAAAAGUUUUCUUAUAGAAAUCAAACCCAAACUUUCGAUUGAGCUUAGUUAGAACUCGAUCGAUUUAGUCGUUAUUGAGAUCUGGUAAUCUCAGGUGCUCGCAAGUCGCGUACUCGCGUAUAAUACACGGGGCGGUCUCGCGCUACGCGUUCACUUGGCGCGAGACACUACCGUGUCUCUUGAUAUAUAAAAGUCUCUUCGUUAUUCCGCGUGCGUUCGCUAAUCGCUCGCUUCUCCAUCUUUAUAUCUGGGGCUCAAUUCUAUAACCUACCGGCAACUAUCGAUGUCGUUGAGUGUCUUUGCGCACGUAUUUUGAUAUAUGAAAAAAUAUGCGCGAGCGGUCCAGGACGCGAUUUGAAACGUUGCGCUCUACCUCAUUCCUCGGCCAACUUCGGGUGAUUUCGCGCUACGUCGUUUGGCCGCCCGCCGGUCCGGCAUAGUCUGGCGUCGCGCGAAGCGUCGCUUAAAUAGAACUUCAGUUAAAAUCAGUUAGAAUUGGACAUUUGGACCUACAGUUUCGUUGUCGUUCGUUUUCACGUGUACAUCGUGUUUGUCCCGUUCCUGAGUGCUCGUCAUUGCUUCCACCGCAAGUUUCUUCCGCUACGUUAAGUAUAAUAAUAAGACAACCGAUUGAUCAAAAUGGCGUGUCAGAUCAGGAUCAUCAAGUUCCUGCACUACACAUUUAUUGUCAUUUUCGUGCUAUACGGUCUGGCCAUCUGUUUUUCCGUCCUUUCGUUGAGCAAAGAAGACGAUUAUGUCGAAAACCUGGAUGAAAGUACGUCCUCGCCAAUUUACGCCAUUAUGACGAUCAUCGUCGGUAUCAUUAUCAUCGUCAUUGCUUGCAUGGGAUUCUGCGGCGCGUAUCGCGAGAAUUAUCGUAUGCUAAUGACGUUUGUAGAUUUGCUCACAACGUUCGUGAUCUUAUACAUGUUUAUCACGAUCUGCGUGUUUGCUCAAACGGGAUAUAUUGACGAUGUUAAAACGAAAUACCGAGCACACUUUGUUCACUACAACGACAGUCAACAGCAAAGGAUUUAUGUGAAUGCCGUUCAAAAAGGGUUGCAGUGCUGUGGUGUUGAUUAUUCUGACGAUUUCCAAAACAUCCUAGAUAUUGAUAUCCCAGGAAGUUGCUGCGGUAAAGAGUCUGAAGAAAAUUCUACUUGCAGUAAAGAUGAAUCUUAUGAAAGAGGUUGCGUAUUAGCGUUGAAAAAGAUCAUGCAGAUUUUUUUUACGAAGGAGCGUGGCAUCACUAUCGGUAUUGUUGUUAUAGAGGUGAUUGGCAUCGUUUUUGCAUCAUGGUUGGCGAAUUUCAUAAAAAAUCCCGAACACAAAAAUGAUAGCGUAUAAAAGUGGAGAACUGCGCAUAGAACGCCGCUUUGCGCUGCAGGCUUUCAAUAUGAAAUAAUAAUCUUACAGUCAUCUUACUAUCGUCAACGUCUGAUUCGUCUAUAAGAUGUUAUAGAAUGCUUGCACUUUACAGCAAGACAAAUUAAUUUUUUCAUUCUUUAAGAAAAAGAACACAGAGUCUCUUUUUUCGUUUUUUUUUCCAGUUUUUUGUGUUUCUAGUUUCUUUUUAGUCGUGAUUAAAGAUAAAAGUAAUGUUUUUCCGUUGAAAGUUAUUUUUCUAUUACAAGAAUUUAAUACAGAAUUUGGCGUACGACCCGGUAAUGCGUAUUACCAUAACUAUUACGGGAUCUCAGACUUUCUUUUUUAUCUG